AUGGUUGAUAAAGAGGGAGCUUCUUAUGCUGGGUAUGUUUUAGAAUUGUUGGUUAAUGCAUAUUGUCGUAAGAACUGGGCAAUGGAUGCGUGCAAGCUUCUUUCUGAUGUGGUCAAUGAGAAAGAGUUGAAACCUCGGCAUAGUACAUACAAACUAUUGCUGAGCAAGCUUCUUGUUCAGGGGAGGUUUAAAGAAGCUUUAAAUCUUCUAGUUUUGAUGAAAAGUCAAGGGUAUCCUACUUUCUUAGAUCCAUUCAUCGAGUACAUUUCAAAGACUGGAACUACUGAUGAUGCUGAUAAGCUUUUGAAAACUAUGACUGUCAAGAGUUUCCCAGCUACAUCAGUGUUUCUUCGUGCAUUUGAAGCAUAUUUUAAAGCUGGAAGGCAUAAUGAAGCACAAGAUUUCCUCUUAAGAUGCCCCGAGAUUCAUCCGUAA